AUGGCUGGGGAGAUCUAUGAGGUUAGAGGACUCUUGAAGUUCGGACGAGGGGGUCCAUCCUGUCCCUCACACCUGAAGGGAAAGACCGUCCGCCUGGAAUGCCUUGAAGGUGAGGAGUUCGAACUCGCAGCUGAAGCUGCCUGCUUGGCUGGACGCAUUCGAACUUUGGUGACAGAGAAUGGAUGUGACCACGUCCUCAAGUUCGAUUUGAAAAAGACGACAAUGUCAAAGAUUUGUGAAUAUUUGAGACACCACAGGGAGCACAGUGUUAGCGAGAUCGUCACUCCACUUCCUAGCAACGACUUGCGGGACUGUGGAGCAUCUCGAUGGGAUGCCAGCUUCGUGAAUGUUGACUUUGAGACCUUGUUUGAGAUAGGCUUUGCUGCCACAACCCUGGGCAUUCCGAGCCUCGACUUCCUGAUCAACGCGAAGCUGGCGUGUAUGACAAACAACAAGAGCGCCGACAAGCUGAGAAGGGAGUACAAGAUGAUCAAUGACUUGCCCGCGCAGGAAGAGGCGGAGCUUCGUCGAACCUACACCGCCCUGCAGAAGCAGACAGGGGAGGAAGUGGACGUCGAUCUUUCGCAACUAGCUGCAGCGAGUGUCUUCCACAGCGGCAUGGCAGUAGCCAGGACCCAAUUGGAAAGCAUUAGGAAUGGCGAGGAAGAAGUGCCGACGGCACAGUCCCAGCUGAAUCCUAAGAGCUGGCGUUAUGGGAUGUGGACUGCUGGCGUAAAGAAGGACUGGCGGCUGCUGGCAGAUGCCCCAUACGAGAUCACCAAUGAUCGUGAGCUUGUGCAGGAGGCGAUUCUCUCUAGCCAAGGCCGUGCUUUGCAGUAUGCCUCUGUGGAGUUGCGGGCGGACGAGAAUCUCGUUCUUAUGGCAACAUCUUUCUUUGGCACUGCCUUCGCUCAUGCAGCCCCUGAGCUACAGGGAAACAGAAGAUUCGUGUUGGAGGCUAUUGCCAGCCACGGUGCAGCCCUAGCACACGCGUCGGACUCUUUGCGUAGCGAUAAGACCUUCCUCAUCGAGGCUGCAAAGGGAGGGAGUGGCUUGUGCCUCCAGGGAGCCAAGGAGGACCUAAAGUCAGACAGGACUUUGGUCCUUGAGAUGGCAGUACACGAUGCAGCCUCCGUGAAGUUUGCAGCAGAAGAGCUGCAGAAUGACAAAGAGUUUGCCAUGGAAGCUGCCAAGAGAAAUGGCUCUGUCCUAAAGUUCCUUCCCUCCAAGUUCCAGGCAGAUAUGGACAUAGUGCAAGCUGCAGUUGAGAGAGACCCACGGGCAGCCUCGCUGGCGCAUGCAUCGCGCCGACAUGAGCUGGGAUUCGAAGGUGAGGCGGCUUUGGGAGAGACCCAUCUGGCCAAAGAGUAUGCAGCACAGGCGGAGGCUGGACAAGCAGAAGCUCAGAAGUCCGAGGUAACCAACGUGGCUGACAUUGGCCCUCGUCAUAUGCCCUGGCAGGAAGCUGUGGGACAGUUGAACUACACCACAAUGAAGCUGGGUAAGUUUGUUGGCUUCUCUGCCGGCAGCACGAUGACAGGGAACCUGGGGCAAGGAAACUAUGUGGCAGCAAAUGCCAUUGUUGACAUCUUUCCAGCACGGAAUAAACCAGAGAUCGACUCCUCCACCAUCAUGUGGGGAGGAGUUGGGGGUGGCAUUGGUAUGCGCUGGAAGAGCUUCGCCUCUAUGGAUGUUCUCGGCUUUCAAGAGGACAGUCUGCUUACAAUUGAUGAUGCGAGCAAGGCCAUACGAUACACAUGCACAAAGAUGUUUGCGCCGCCUCUCCACAUGCCGUCGAAGUUCGACCUGCAGACGCGACAGAUGUUCUUGACUCCCACUGCUGGCAUGAUCCCUCUGGAGAUGCCGCAGGCUGAGUCAGAGGCUGCAAAAGCAGCUGAGGUCGCUGGAGACUGGCAAGUGUUGGCAACAACUCGAGAUCGAGAGGCUUUGAAAAAUCUCGAGAGCGUCGAUCGCCGACCUAUUCCGAUGAACAUGGGCCCUGAAUUGGGGAACUCACCGCUUGGUGGCUGGCCGGAACUAGUGAAUGCUUCGCAUGACUUGAAAUCGCAAGGCAAGAGCAAAGCAGCCUUGCAGACUGGCACACGGAUUGUGUUGACUGGAGUUCAUGGAAAGAAUGGCCUGACCGCUUCGUUGGCGCAGAAGUUCAGCGAUGGCAAGUGGAAGGUGCAGAUUGACGGUGUCGGCAGCGCCAUUCUGCACGAAGACAACUUUGAGGUCUUAGACUCAGUUGGUGGGCCUCGCCCCGUGGUUGAUCAAGUGGUCAAGGAUGAGAGGACGGCCGAACGUCGUUUGAAGAUCCAGGAGAAGCGCAGCCAGCUGCUGGAGAAAAAGGCCGCGAAGAACCAGGCCAUGGAGAAGCUUGUUGGUCUGGCUGCUUCUGAGGUAGCUCCCGCAGCCCCUCCGCAACGAGCACGGCGGUACUUCAUCUCGGGAACCUGGAACGGCUGGGGCGCCGAGGAAAUGCUUUGGAGCCCAGAGGAGGGCUACUUCUCCCACGCCGUGUGCAUUGGGGAGUCGGGCUUCAAUUUCAAGAUCUCAAAGGUCCAGGCUGGCUGCAAAUGCAGCGUAAGGCUGCUGCUUGACGACAAGGGCUUUGCCAAGAAGGCCGCUGGGAUGAAGGUGUUGCCGAGCGUGAGUUCAUCAAAUGGCGUGCUGGACGUGGUCUUAACCUUGGAGGCGGCCUCGCAUGUGGCCAACUCCAUCCAGUUUCAAACCUUCAUGCUCAAUGGAACGCUCCCGGGGCCAACGAUUCGUGUCAAGGCAGGUGAUCGCAUGAGGAUCCUGUUCCAGAAUCGCUUGCCGGCACAGCCAAACGCAAAGAAGGUGCACAAUGAGUUUGGGUAUGUGGACGAGUCCAACCUCCACUUUCAUGGGCUGCAUGUUCAUGGAGAUCUGCCAUCGGACGACACCAAGCUGGUUGUUGGACCUGGUGAGGUGUUUCAGUACGAGACCACACUACCGGACGACCACAUGCCUGGCACUAACUGGAUUCAUCCUCACCGCCACGGCUCCUCUGCCUUGCAGGUUGGUGGCGGUGCUGCCCUUGCGUUGAUUGUGGAAGACCCGGAUAACAGCCUGCCAGAGCAGGUGGCAAAUGCAGAGGAAGUUCUCAUGGUUGUGCAGGACUUGGCCCUCACCGAGCUUAGCAGGAUUGCCCAACGGUCAGGGGAUUCGCUUGUUUGGUCCACUCCAGCAGGCGAUCAACCCGAUCUCCUGCUCCUAAAUGGUGAGCAUCUGCCUCAGAUUGCGGCCUCGCCAGGCCAGUGGCAGCGGUGGCGUGUAAUUUUUGCCGGGUGGCGCAAUGUUCACAGAGGUGCGUUGAAUCUUGCCAUCAAUGGCUGUGAGAUGCAGCUUUUGGCUAAGGAUGGCAUGUACAUCAGUGAUUUUCCUCGCGCUAUUGAGAUGGCACCAAUACCAGCAGGAGGUCGAGCCGACAUCAUGGUGCGAUGCCAGGCACCUUCCACUAGCUACCAAGUGACCAGCGGCGAUGCCCUCAUCGCCACACUGAAGACCUCCGGGAUUUCAGUUGAUAGCUCCGCUUUGUUGGCCUGGUCGCCCGACCUCCCUAGCUACAUGCAGAACUUGCAGACGACAGCUGCCAGCGAGGGCUGCAGUUGCGACACGGAAGUUGAAGAGGCUUCCAUCAAUGGUGUGCCCUUCUCUGAGAAGACGGCGCUGCAUCAAACCUUCUUGGGCGCUGUUGUGGAGAGGAAAAUAAUUACUGGAGGGCAUCCUUACCAUCAGCACUUCUACCCAUUUCAGCUGAUUGAUGGUUUUGCCAGCACAGAUUUCUUUCAACUUGGCGACUGGCAUGACACUUUCAUGUCUGAUGGACUCACGAGGACACCAGUCACAGUGCGUUUUAAGGCCACCACCAUUGCAGGUGAGAUGAUGCUGCAUUGUCACCGGUUGGAUCACGAAGAUCGUGGGUCCAUGGCAUAUGAGAUAAUCAGCAAGACUGGCUCGGAAUGCAACUGCAUUGGUCGUCCACUCUUGGGCACAAUUGCUAUUGCUGUCAUAGCUGGCAGUGUGGGCGUUUGUCUUGUGUUUGCCCUGAUUUGUUGUCUUUGGUGGCGGAAGCGCACGCGGAAAAUCACGAACGAGGAUCCGGCAUGA